AUGUCAUCAUUGGAAUUUAAAAUUGUUGAUAUUUUUGAGAAGAAAUUAUUAUCAAUUCGUUCAAUAUCACAAGGUGAUUUAUAUGAAAAAUGUGGACGAAAUGAAUUGUUAAAGAAAAUUCAAGCGUUUACACAAGAAAAUCAACCAAUUAAACUACUUUUGCCAGCAUUUCCGUUCAAAUCUCCGAAUAUGGAAAAAGUUUGUGGAAAAUUGCCCGAUGCUGGAGAAUUAUACGCACUUGAAUACUUAAACAAAAUUUGUCAAGAAAUCAAUUUUCUCUAUGAAUAUGGUUGUGAUCUGGUAAUAUGGUCAGAUGGACGAGUAUUUAAUGAUCUUAUUGGUGUGUCUGACAGUGACAUGUUCACAUAUAUGAGUCGUUUGAAAUAUUAUUCAAUCACAAUGACCCAAAUACAAUGGGAUAGUAUGGAUAAUUAUAUUGGAAUUGAAAAUGGUGAAAGUUUAGUGAAGAAGUAUGGCACAUCAACUUUUGAUUUUGAUCAAUGGCUACUCAAAUCCGAAAAUGAUCGACAACAAUUUAUUCAUUUGAGAAAAUUUAUGGAAAAUGAUUUGGGUAACAACACCGAAAACAACAAUCUUUCACGUCGACAAUUAAAAACUCAAAUGAGUUUAAUUGCCAAACAAAUGAUUAUACGAAAUGAAGCAUUGACAAAUCUAUUAAAAAAACACUAUCCGAACCAUAUUCGUCUAUCCAUUCAUCAACAUCCAAAUAAUGGAGAAAAAUUUACAAUUCGCUUUUUCAUGGAUGCUACCAUGACCCAAUCUGAUGAUCAUUGUGCUCUUCGCACACCAUGGCACAAUGUUUUAGUUAUCAAUGUUGAAGGAAAUCUAAAUUUAAUGCCAUAUCGAAAAUUAAAUGUAGAAUGUGAACAUGUUCCAAUAAUGUUCAAAAGUCAAAUAUGGACUUUUGUUCAAUUACCUCGCGAUUCACCUGUUUCACUAGCGUCCACUUUGAAGUUGUCGUUAUUAGGUGAUUCACCUCACUUCGGUUUAUCGAUCGAUUUAAGUAAGAAAGUUGACGUAUUUCAAUUGAAUGUUGCCUGGAUGAAGAUGUUAAUGGAAAAAUUCUGUUUCAUUGUUCUUCGUCAAUAUCCAAACUCACUUGACAAAGACAAGUAUUCACAAUUCUGUGAACAAUUUGGUCCAUCAGUUAUGUGGAAAUUUGGUUCGUUGCUCACGAUUGGGGAUGCACCAGUCCCAGUCCUGACUGGUGAACUGGGUACUGAGUCCUUUGAUCUUUAG